UUUAGUAGUACAGAUACGUUGAAGAGAGUCACGUGGGUUGGUUCUAAAAGUAGCCAUAGUGGGCCUAAUGAAAUCUAAAGAAUUACAGCAAUACACAUCACUUAUAUAUGCACGUGUUGCACAAGCCUAUUCCAGCUCAUCAUUGAAGACACAUUGUCGUUUGUGAAUUAUCAAACUUCAGAAGCUGCUUGUAGUGAGAAAAUGACAGAAAACAUCUUUAGUUUAAGAGGCCUGAGUUGAGUUGAGCUGAUGGUUGUGGUUUGACUUCUGAUCUGUUUCUGCUCUGUGGUUUUAAACAAAGUGGGGAAGAGAGUUAUGCUUUUUCUGCAUCUUUAGUUUCAUAAACCUCAAAAUACUAUCAGAAGAGUAAAAGAUUCACAGCAACAUGCAUGCAAUUUUCAUUGACUUCCUUUUAUUAUAAUUCCAUCUGUCUGUGUUCAGGAAGGCCUGAAUGAAGCAUCACUUCUCACUUCUAAAAGUAACCACUGUCAUGUACUGCCCUUCUUUUAAAGAGGAAGAAAAAAAGCAUUUUAAAUCUUGUUUUGGUGAAUAAUUAGUUCAUCUGAAUCAAAAUCACUUUAUAAAACUAAUGUCUCACCUAUGUUUGAGUGUAUAUAUGUGUCCACUUUAGAAAGUAAUAGGAAUUGUUAAAAAGAGAAUAACCCAAAAAGAGCCUGUUUUAUAUGAACAGGAAUACAUUAGAUGUCACAUUAUUAUUUUUCCACUUUAUUAUGAUCUGUCCAUAAUGUAUGUGGCUGUGGCAUUGUGAAUGAAGAAAAUAACGCAGUUCGAGAACAAUUACUGGAAGAACUUUGAAACAGUCUUUUUCAAGUAGAGAAACAGAACUCUAACAACUUGCAUGCACCAAAAAGUAGCUAAUAUCUUAAAAUGGAUCCCUUUUUUCUUUCUAUUUCAUGUAUUUCUGUUUAGAGUUUUGUCUCCUCCUCCCUCGUCUCUUCUUGAAGUGUGAAACGACUGUUUAAACACAGGAAGUGUCUGUUUUAGUGCACACAGCACUGUUAAUACAGACUAUUAAUGUGUCAGUAUGGGGUCCAGCGCACUGCUUCUCAAACUCUUGCUGAUGUCCCUCGUCUACUCUGGACUCACUGAAGUGACAUCUGUAGUGAAUGCAAAUCCAGUCACUCUUACAUGUGACAUACAGGGAGGAGAAAAUAUUCAGUGGACAUACCGCUCGUUUAAAGACCCUCACGAUACAUACAGAACAACAGAAGCAGAGUUUAGUUUCACAGCUAAUGUUUCUGAUAGUGGUGUAUACAGCUGUAGAGGAGAGAGAUCAGACAUCAGUGCUGCUGUUACACUGACUGUAUCAGUAAAAGCUGUAGUGGAGGUGACUCCAGAUCAGCGUGUGUUCAGAGGAGAGACAGUCACUCUCACAUGUGACAUACAGGGAGGAGGAGACAUUCAGUGGACAUACAGCUGGUUUAAAGAUGGUUCAGUCAUCCCAGACAUCACUGAGAGAGACUACAACAUCACAUCUGUGUCUGAUAGUGCUGUAUACAGCUGUAGAGGAGAGAGAUCAGAUAUCAAUUCUGUUGUUACACUGACUGUAUCAGCUUUACCAACAUCUACACUGACUGUGACUCCAGACAGUACAGUAUUCACUGGAGAGACAGUCUAUCUGACGUGUGUGAUAAACUCUGAUCACAGUGACUGGAGAUAUGAGUGGUAUAAAGGCAGUGUAAUGUUACAGACGUCUGAGCGUUACACUGAAAACAGAAACACUCUCACUAUUAAACGAUCUGAAACAUCUGAUGCGGGUCUGUACACGUGUAGAGGAGACAUAGAUGGAAGAUCAGUCUCAUCACAAUCAAGCUCUGCUGUUUCUCUCUUAGUGAAGGAUUUACCCAGAUCUACUCUGACUGUGACUCCAGACAGUCCUGUAUUCACUGGAGAGACAGUCAAUCUGACGUGUGUGAUUGAGUCUUACAGUGACUGGAGACAGAGAAAUGGCCUGAAAUAUGACCGGAGCUAUGACUGGACAUAUUACCAGACAGCUGAGUGGAGAUAUGAGUGGUUUAAAGGCAGAAAGGACAACAAUCUGAUUUUAAAGGACUCCCAACGUUACACUGAAAACGGAGACACUCUCACUAUCAGAGGAGCUACUGAGUCGAUCAGGGUCAUUUCUGGUGUAGAGGACAGAGAGAUGAAAGACCAAAAUCAUCACAGUUAA